AUGACACUUCUUCAACCAGAGUCCUUCUCUCGCCGGCAAAAUCCUACCGGUACGAAAAUGGUCGUCGGUACCAUUCGUAUCCUUACUAGUCUGCCGGCCUCAGGAGACGGCUCAUACUGGGGUCCGAACGACGACAAGGAUGCGUAUCACCAGGUGAUCACGCACCAUCUGUUUUGCCUGACGUUGAAAGACAAACUCCUGCUGGCUCCUAUAUCGAAUCCGCGACAUGUCCUCGACAUCGGAACGGGGAUCGGGCUGUGGGCGACGAACUUUGCAGACGCAUACCCGGACGCAGAAAUAUUAGGAACCGACCUGUCGCCCAUCUGGGAGGAUGCCGUCCGGCCGAACCUGCGUCUGGAAGUCGACGACUGCUGCUCGAAGUGGACGUACCUGGACGAAGGCAGGCAGCCCUUCGAUCUGAUACACGUGCGGUGUCUUUUUGGGAGUGUGGAAGAUUGGCCUACGUUCUACGAGCAGAGCUUUGACCACCUAAGGCCAGGAGGAUACAUCGAACAAGCGGAAAUGUCUCUCGUCCCACACAGUCUUUCUGGGGAGUACUCCUCCUCCCUUUCGAUCUUCCACCAGUGGUACCAAUUCUGGAAGCAGUGCGGCGUCAAGACGGGCAAGUCGUGGCACAUCGCGGACACGAUGCAGCAGGCGAUGAGGGAGGCCGGAUUCGAGGACGUCCGCGAGGUACGAUUCAAGUGGCCAAUCGGGACGUGGGCGUCGGACGCACGACUGCGCGAGAUCGGACGGUGGUAUCGCGAGUUCUGGGAAGUGGGCAUGGAGGGGUGGAUCAUGGCCCUCAGCACGAGGUAUAUGGGGUGGACGGCCGACCAAGCGCGCGAGUUUAUCCGCAAGACUCAGGAAGUGCUGAGAGACGGCGAGCAGCGGAUCUACUAUGAAGUGGUCAUUGUCUACGGACGCAAGCCUGAAGACAGCGGGCGAUGA